AUGCCACAUCUUCCGUAUCCUUAUGUGUUUCCGUUGCUUUUAUCAAUACCUCUUUUAGUGCGCUACAUUGUCCUAUAUGUUUCAUACCAUAUCGUCAAUAUCCGGCGAAGGACGGACGCUCCAGGCAAACAGGUGCCCCCCGACCUGCCGCCAAGUGUCCCCGUCUUGGGUCUUUUGUAUCAUAUCUUCUUCAACGGCGCAGCUUUCGUGAAACGCGUGACGACAUACUGCGGCCACCUGACAUGUAUCCGAGCUUCACUGCUCCCUACCGCGCCGGGGGUCUUUGUAAUUCAAGACCCAGAAGCCGUCGCCGCUAUGUGGAAACACCCGGCCCUUGCCAGUCCCGUCUACAUGUACACUGUCGGCCUGCGAAGACUGUUCGGCAUGAAGGAGAGCGCCAUCGCGACAUAUACAGCCGACGAUUCCGGACCGUAUCGCAAACCGCACCCCAAGAGCAACAUCGCGCCGCACAACCGUGUCGACUUCCUCACGCAUGACUCCCUCCUCCGCGGACUGACGGGUCCGGGGUUGGCGCCGAUGUUCCAGCGCUUCCAGGCCGUCCUCACCCGCGAAAUCGACAAUCUCGGCAUAGAGAAAGAGUGGACCGAGAUGCCCGAUAUGCUGCGAUUCUUCAAAGACCACAUCGGUCGCGCCAUUAUCACCUCCCUCGUCGGCCCGUCACUACUGGAAAUACACCCUACCUUCCAAGCGAACCUGUGGGAGUUCGACGCCGCCGUCCCCUACAUCAUCAGAGGCACCCCGCGACUCCUCUACCCAAGAGCCUACCGCGCGCGAGACGACCUCCUCCAGCAAAUCCAAUCCUGGUACUGGCACGCCCGCGCCCAAUCCGCCGAGACCCACAACCUUGAACACGAUAUCGACUCCAUCUGGGGCAGCGCCAUGAUGCGCGAACGCCAACAGUUCCUCUUGAGCGCCGACAAGCAAGACGACGCGGCCCUAGCCUCCGCCGACCUAGGCCUCCUCUGGACGGCCGUAACCAACGUCGUUCCGAACGCGAUGCUAGCCAUCCUACACAUCUCCUCGGACGCUGGGCUGCUCGAUCGCGUCCGCGCGAGUCUCCGCGAUACAGUCCGUUCAUCGGCUACAUGCGCCUUCACAGUGGACAUGGACCGGCUCCUCCGCGACGACCUCCUCCAGUCCAUCUACGCCGAGACGCUCCGGCUGCACGUGCAGUCGUAUGUGACGCGGUGCUCGCCGCACGAGCCCGUGGCGCUGGGGCGGUGGUGGCUGCCGCAGAACGAGGUCGCGACGGUGAGCUCGUAUGCGUCGCAGAUGAGCGAGAUGGUGUGGAAUACGCGGGAUGGAGCGCAUCCGGUGACGGAGUUCUGGGCCGACCGGUUCCUUAUUCACCCUGGCGAUCCCAGUUCGGGGCCCCUGCGCGCUCAGGGGCCCGGGGCUCCGGGGCAAGGGUCGAUGGUGGAAGGUGAGUAUCCCGGUCAGGCGAAGUUCACGAUGAAGGGGCUGGAGGGAUCUUGGGUUCCGUACGGCGCUGGCUUUGGAGCCUGCCCCGGCCGACAUUUCGCGAAGCGCAUCAUGCUUUACACGAUUGCGCUCUUUGUCACGCAGUUCGAUGUCGAGAUUCGGACGAAGAAGUUCAGGAUGGAUUCGCUUGGGUUUGGGCUCGGCACGGAGAAGCCGAAGGAUAAGGUUGUUUUUGCACUCAGGCGGAGGGGACUGGAGGAUGAGACUUGA